AUGGCUCCCAGUUAUGCAACCCUUGUUCUCGGGUAUUUGGAGAACGAAUUAUACAGCCAGGUCUCUGACAAAAUGGGAGAAGAAAUAAGCCAUUAUGUUUACACAAACUGGAGAAGAUUCUUGGAUGACUGUUAUAUAAACUGGCCUUACGAAAUUGGCGACAGGAAAGGAGAAAGUGCAAGUUACGGGAAUCUUGGAGCUGUGUUUCGAUCACUUGGUGAAUAUCAGAAGGCCAAAGUUUAUCACGUGAGAGCUCUUACCAUUGCAAAAGAAAUUGGCAGCAGGGAAAGAAAAAGUGCAAGUUACGGGGGUCUCGGAGUUCUGUUUCAAUCACUUGGCGACUAUCAGAAGGCUAAAGAAUAUACGGAGAGAGCUCUUGCCAUCGCAACAGAAAUUGGUCACAAGGAAGCAGAAGGAACACAUUACGGGAGCCUUGGAGUUGUGUUUCAUUUACUUGGUAAUUAUCAGAAGGCCAAAGAAUUUCACGAGAGAGCUCUUGCCAUUUCAACAGAAAUUGGCGACAGGCAAAAAAUAGCAGCAGGUUAUGGGAACCUUGGAAGUGGGUUUCAAUCCCUCGGUGAAUAUCAGAAGGCCAAAGAAUAUCAUGAGAAAGCUCUUGCCAUUGCAACAGAAAUUGGUGACCAGAAUGGAGAAGGAACACAUCACUAUCACCUUGGAUUGGCAAUGCUCAGGUGGUUGAUUUGUGAGACUGGAAGCCAUCGGGAUGCUCUCUAUGUGGAAGAGCUGAGACGAGCUAGAGGUCUUGCAGAAUUAAUGGCAGAAAAAAUCUCAGUGGAAUGUCACAUCUCAGCCGAUCCAAAAUUAUGGUCUGGGAUUGAAAAAGUUUUGAGUGAAGAAAGCAAUUGUGUUGCUUUGUACAUUUCGUAUUGUGAGUGGCAUGUUCAUCUGUGGGUUUUGAGGGCAAAUGGAGACAUUGACUAUCGACUGAGCCCCUAG